AUGGAGGAGGUGAUGGAGGAGGUGAUGGAGGAGGUGAUGGAGGAUGUGAUGGAGGAGGUGAUGGAGGAGGUGAUGGAGGAAGUGCUGGAGGAGGUGAUGGAGGAGGUGAUGGAGGAGGUGAUGGAGGAGGGGCUGGAGGAGGUGAUGGAGGAGGUGAUGGAGGAGGUGAUGGAGGAUGUGAUGGAGGAGGUGAUGGAGGAAGUGCUGGAGGAGGUGAUGGAGGAGGUGAAGGAGGAGGUGAUGGAGGAAGUGCUGGAGGAGGUGGUGGAGGAGGUGAUGGAGGAGGUGGUGGAGGAGGUGAUAGAGGAGGUGGUGGAGGAGGUGAUGGAGGAAGUGCUGUAG